AUGAUAUUGAUGCAAAACGCCGAAGACAAAUUCAAAAGGAGAAUCGUUCACAUUGACAUGGAUGCGUUUUUUGCAUCGGUGGAGCAGCGCGAUUUCCCAGAAUUGAAAGGGAAACCCAUUGCAGUGGGCGGCGGCGAACGGGGCGUGGUGGCAGCGGCUAGCUACGAAGCCCGAAAAAUGGGCGUAUUCUCUGCCAUGCCGUCGGUAACAGCCAAAAGAAAAUGCCCGGAUUUGAUUUUUGUGAAGCCAAGAUUUGGCGUGUACCAACAAGUUUCCAAGCAAAUUAUGGAGAUUUUUAGGAAAUAUACUCCCUUGGUGGAACCGCUUUCAUUAGACGAAGCCUACUUAGACAUUUCAGAAAACUUAUUGGGUUUCCCAUCCGCUAAAGCUACUGCUUUAGCUAUAAAAAAGGAAAUUUUUGAAAGUACCCAACUUACUGCUUCGGCGGGUGUUUCGUUCAAUAAAUUUUUGGCAAAAAUUGCUUCUGGCGAACAAAAACCGGAUGGAAUUACCUUAAUUGGACCUGAAAAAGCGCCCCUUUUUAUUGACAACUUACCUAUAGAAAAGUUCUUUGGUGUGGGAAAAAUUACCGCCGAAAAAAUGAAAAAAUUAGGCAUUCACAAGGGAAAGGAUUUGAGAGCUUGGGAGGAAGCUGCCUUGCAAAAAGCUUUUGGGAAAUCGGGCGUGCAUUUUUACAAAAUGGUGCAUUUAAACGAUUUUCGCCCUGUGGUUCCCGACCGCAUUAGAAAAUCUAUUGGGGAGGAACGCACUUUUGAAAAAAACAUUGAA